AUGAAUCCUUCGGAAUCAUGUCUCGAUUCCUCAUGUUGUACAUCACGCAAAGGUGUCAGCAAUCCUAUGAGGUUUUUAAUCAACCAAGACUUGAUAAAAAGAUCUCAUAACCAAGAGACAGACUGUAUUCAGCGUAUCGUCGUUUAUGAUCACUCAGAAUUUGAAUCUAGCGUUGUUAGACAAGCUAAUGAUGCUUUCAAGAAACAUAAUAAUCUUCAAGUCAAUACGGUUAGAGACAGACUUUCUGCUUUGGAUGAUGACAUUAUAUCUGCUCGAAAGGAACUGGAAGAAAUGGAAAAAUUACUAGAUAAUUUACUCAGUGAACUAUCAACCGAAGCUCCUACCAACCGUUCGGAAAAUAGAAAAAUACGGUCAUUGGAACUGGAGAUAGAAACAAAGAUGAAGCACAUUGAUACUUUAACGUCUAGGAAAGCCGCUUUGAUGACCAAACUGUCCACCUUAGAAAAGGCAACUUCGAUUCAUGAAAGCAAUUUCUGUGAAAUGGGAAAAAAGGAAGAUGAACAAGCCGUUAGUGGCACGAGACCACUUUUCCAGAAGGCCUUGGACAUACAUAAAAGUCACCCCACUACUCAAGUUCAUAAAGAAAAACGUCGUAAAAACAAUUAUAGGGAAAUUAGCAAAUUUGCUAAAUUCAAACAGAAUGACGAUGCGAACGUCGAUGUCUUUCAAGAGCGAUUAAAGCGUCAAAGACGUAUGAACUUGCUAGAAAAACAGUUGGCCAAAGAACAUAGUGUCCAGACAUCUGAUCCUGCAGAUGGAAAACUAGGUGAUGGGUUUUGUGUUCCUGGUUCCAUUUGGUGCCGGUUAUUUGAUUACCAACGAAAAGGUGUCAGCUGGCUGUGGAGUCUUCAUCAAAAGGGAUGUGGUGGUAUUGUUGGAGAUGAGAUGGGAUUGGGAAAAACUAUACAGAUUAUUGCAUUAUUAGCCGGGUUGCAUCACUCUAAAGUUGAAGAUAAAUCCCAUCGUUCAUACCUAUCUGCCUGUAACUCAAGUUCAGAAGCUCAACAAGAUUUCUUAGGAUUAGGUCCAACCCUGAUUGUUUGUCCGGCUACAGUAUUGAGACAGUGGAUGUCGGAGUUUCAUUCAUGGUGGCCUCCUAUUCGUGUAGCAAUAUUACAUUCUACUGGAUCAGGUUACCGAAAACCUAUUAACCUUAUACAAUCAAUAUCUAAUACUCCAGGGAGUGUACUACUAACCACCUACGCUACUUUAGUUGCCUAUCGUGAUGUACUGACAAGCCGACAUUGGUCAUACAUUAUUUUGGAUGAAGGACAUAAGAUAAAAAAUCCGGAAGCCGAAGCCACACUUGCGGUGAAACAUUUCUCCACUCCCCAUCGAUUAAUCCUUUCCGGUAGUCCCAUUCAAAAUAAUUUGCGUGAAUUAUGGUCACUUUUUGACUUUGUUUGUCCUGGACGCUUGGGACCAUUGCAAGAAUUCAUGCAACAAUUUUCUAUACCGAUUACUCAGGGAGGUUAUGCUUCUGCUUCGCCACUUCAAGUUGAGACAGCCUAUCAGUGUGCAUGUACUCUGCGGGAUCUUUUAAAACCGUAUCUUAUCCGCCGUCUCAAAGCUGAUGUACAAAUACAACUUCCGUCUAAAUCUGAACAAGUUUUAUUCUGUCGACUAACUGAAUACCAACGGAAACUUUAUCAGGAAUAUUUAGAAUCGCAGACUUGUAAAGAUCUUCUAAAUGGAAAAGGCAAUAUUUUUCCUGCUUUGAUACUUCUCCGGAAUUUAUGUAAUCAUCCAGACUUAGCUACUGGUGGGCCAAGAGAUAGUUGUUUUUUGAAUGAAGAAUUCGAAGCAGAUAAACAAGGCAUUGAAGAUGUUUGUCUGUCUUAUUCCUGGUCGAAAUUCGGCUGUCCACGUCGAUCGAGUAAAAUGUUAGUUGUAGCCUCUCUUCUUAAAAAUUGGUUUGAUCAAGGACACAAAGUGUUAUUAUUCUCACAAAGUCGGAGGAUGCUCACGCUGCUCGAACGUCUAGUACAAUUGAUGGAGUUUUCUUAUCUUAGAAUGGAUGGAACAACUCCUGUCAGUCAGCGUCAUGAACUUAUUCGACGUUUUAAUUAUCAUAUAUUUAUAUUUUUAUUGACUACACGUGUUGGUGGUUUAGGCGUGAACUUGACUUCAGCUAACCGAGUUCUAAUUUAUGAUCCAGAUUGGAAUCCAACCACUGAUUUACAAGCUCGUGAGAGAGCCUGGCGUAUUGGUCAGUUACGAGAUGUUAUCGUUUAUCGCUUGUUGACCAGUGGAACUAUUGAAGAGAAAAUUUACCACAGACAAAUAUUCAAACAAUUUCUUACUAAUCGUAUCCUGAAAAAUCCACGUCAACAACGAUUUUUCAAAACUAAUGAUCUUCAAGAAUUAUUAAGUUUUCAAGAUGGUUCAGAAAUGCAAACUCCUGAAACAGCUUUAUAUUUACAAUCAGAAGGUAUGGGGCAUACACUAACUUCUAGUUCAGCAUCCGAUAAUCGAUUUGAUAUACGCGCUCGAAAGUUGAAGGACGACCCAGCACAAAAUAAUCUACCUGACUUGGAUACAGAAAGUGAUUGUGGUGAUGAAGAGAAAGAGGUGGAAGACGAUGACGUAGCAGGGGAGAAGAAUAAGAUCAUCGCAGAAGAUAGCAUGGGAUGUAGUUCACUCAAAACCGAUCCACAAGACGAGCGUAGAAUGCAGCUUCGAAAGCUCGCAAAAGAAAUCAGUCGCCGAAUAGCAGAGGACUGCUUAGAUAAAGAUGAUUCAUUCAAAUUGGCUUCCGAUGUUGGGAGAUACAAAGGAGAGAAAUCCUCGAAUAAAAAACACACCCCUCACCGUAAACGUAAAUCUUGUAUUGAAGGAACUCAAGUAGAUGGGAAAAGAAUUAAGCUUGUUUCUAGACGUUGUAAGUAUGAUCUCGGUGAAGGUGUUGACUUAUCAUUAUCUCGGGAUAGUCAUCAACAUAGCAAACCGAAUAAAAGUACAAGGAUUAGUUCUGAAGAUGAUUUUAUUCGAACUAUUUUGCCAGGCCCUUGCUCCGUUAGAAGUUAUUCUGCGAGUGAACAAGACUAUCCAUCAGUCUCAUCUUCAGUUACAGGAAAGCGAUCAAUAAUUGACCAAGAUACACGUGAUGAAGCGAGUAGGAUUGCAAAUGAAGCCUUGAAAAACAUCCAAAAAUUUUACAAGUCUAAUGAGAUAAAAUCCAAACAACCAACUGAAAGAAAUCUGGACUAUACUAAAAAAUCCAGUAGCAUGCAAACUUCGAAAACUAAACACUCAAAUCAUCGGGACAAUUAUUUAUCUUCGCGCGUAUCAUCGAGCUCUGCAGAAGCUACAUCCUACAGGAGUACACCUUUCAUAUGUCAAGUAACUCAGAUAAUACAACAUGAUCAGUUGCUGGAGGAAAUGACUAAUCCUAACCAUAUCGAUGUGUCAUUCGAUCAACUGAGAGCGAAUCGACUUGCUAGCAGGGCAAUCACUGAAUUACAAGAAGAAGUAAACCGUUGGCAACAGUCUAAUCUUAGCUCUUUUCAAAAUAAUGAGCACAGCGUUCAUGGAAUUACUUAUCCUUUUGGUCAGGCCAAGAAUCGCUUUCUUUGGAAUCCGGCUGAAUCAACCAGUUUUAGCUAUAUGCAACUUUUGCAAUCAUCAAAUGAAUUUGGAGAUACAACUCAAAGUGGUUAUCAUGCAAAUACAGCUAAAUCACAUGUUAGAUUCAGCUCAGAAUUGCUAUUCAACCUUAUACGUCUACGCAAAAUCUCACGGGACGAUCAUAGUUCAAUCAGCUCUGAAUCAGUUAAUGCUGUGUUGGAUCGUUCGAUCCAACGCCUCUGUGCGGAGCUAAUUCGGAUACUUAGCGGUUCUAAUUUUGUCACGAGUGAAUACCUAGCAGUUCAUUUCAAAGCUAUUCUCAACAGGAAGAAUAGUUGUGAUUCAGACUCCCCUCACAAAUGUCUCCAAAACGGUACAGAAGCUGGUCUAAAUAAAACCGUUACUGGUCUGCAUUUUCGUUCAUUACUUAAACAACUUGCUGUAAGAAACCGAUCAAAACGUGAUCGAUAUCCUCCAGAUCUACAUUCACGCGGUCGUCUAGAUGAUAUGUGGAUAUUGCGUGAUAAAUUCAGAUCGAUCGCCAGCUAUCUUUCCAUGCAUUUGGGAGCUGCAGAAAGGCUGGAUCAACCCAAUAGUAGUUCUGUAUAA